UCCGAUGUGCGCAAUCUGUCAAAGUGACGUAUUCCAGCUCGAGUCGAAGACACGACGGUGGCGACCUCCUCUUCAUUUCCGCUACGGGCAGACACGUACGUGCAAAACACAUGAGUUUUGCGAUCAACGGCUGAAAAUCGAGUUUACUUCUGUUGUGAUUGUGCUCAAACGUUGCUAGAAAUGGCCGGUACUCUGUACACUUAUCCGGAAAAUUUCCGUGCCUACAAGGCACUGAUUGCGGCCCAGUUCUCCGGAGCUAAGGUUACCGUUGCGUCCGAUUUCGUCUUCGGUCAGACCAACAAGAGCGAGGCCUUCCUCAAGAAGUUCCCCCUCGGAAAGGUCCCCGCUUUCGAGACUGCCGAUGGCAAGUUCCUGACCGAGAGCAAUGCCAUCGCGUACUACGUCGCGAAUGAGCAGCUGCGUGGCAAGACCGCCCUCGAGAAGGCCGAAGUGCUCUCAUUCCUGUCCCUGGCCGACAAUGAACUGCUGCCGGCCGUGCACGCCUGGGUCUUUCCCAUGAUCGGAAUCAUCCAGUUCCAGAAGAACAACGUCGAGCGUGCCAAGCAGGACCUGAAGGCCGCCCUGGGAGCCCUGAAUGCCCGUUUGUUGCACCAGACGUUCCUGGUUGGCGAACGGCUAACGCUGGCCGACAUCGUCGUCUUUGCCACUCUGCUGAGCGCCUACGAGAACGUCCUGGAUCCAUCGUUCCGUGCUCCGUUCGGAAGCGUCACCCGUUGGUUCACAACGGUCCUGAACCAGCCGCAGGUUAAGGCCGUCGUGAAGAACUUCUCGCUGUGCGCCAAGGUGGCCGAAUUCGACGCCAAGAAGUUCGCCGAAUUCCAAGCCAAGACCGGAGGAGCAGCCCAGCAGAAGGAACAAAAGGAAAAGAAGGAGAAGAAGGAGGCCAAGCCGGCCCCGGCCAAGAAGGAGAAGAAGGAAGCCGAACCAGCUGAGGAGAUGGAUGCCGCCGAAAUGGCUCUGGCCGAAGAACCCAAGUCAAAGGAUCCCUUCGAUUCCCUGCCAAAGGGUACGUUCAACUUUGACGACUUCAAGCGCUGCUAUUCGAACGAGGAUGAAGCCAAGUCCAUUCCUUACUUCUGGGAGAAGUUCGACCCGGAAAACUACUCCAUCUGGUACGGAGAGUACAAAUACCCCGAGGAGCUGACCAAGGUGUUCAUGAGCUGCAAUCUGAUCACCGGAAUGUUCCAGCGAUUGGAUAAGAUGCGCAAGCAGGCCUUCGCUUCCGUGUGCCUCUUCGGCGAGGACAACAACAGCACAAUUUCCGGCGUUUGGGUCUGGCGCGGUCAGGAACUGGCCUUCACCCUGUCGCCCGACUGGCAGGUCGAUUACGAAGUGUACGACUGGAAGAAGCUGGAUGCCAAGUCCGACGAAACCAAGGAACUGGUCAAGCAGUACUUCAGCUGGUCCGGUGCCGAUAAGGGAGGCCGCAAGUUCAACCAGGGCAAGAUCUUCAAGUAAGAGAUGCGACGCCGCCCAAACCCUCCAACAACCAUUUAGCUGCGUAGGAUUAAUCAGGUUCAAAAUGAUCUAGAACGGUCGGGUGGGGGACAUCUCUGCUGCCGUGUCACUCCGAACCGGUUCCGGAAUGAUGAUGAUGAUGAGUGUGUGUGGAUUGAAGCAAGCGCACUAUAUCGUCCCUCUCUAACUCUUUUAUGCUACAACACCGUCACAGAAACGCGAAAGUCAGAUAACCAUACACUAAAUAAGAUCAGCAAAGACUUUGUUAAUAAAAGAAUACAAACACUCAAUAUGAUAAUACAUUA